AUGGUAUCUUAUCAUGUUUAUGUACCAUUGCUAUUGAGGCUUGCAAAUGAUGUGGAGGAAAAUCCAGGCCCAGUUAACAUCUAUAAUAUUGUUGACCAUAGUUUUACGGUUCCAGCAGACUUCAAUCAAGGAAAUAUAUCCAUGUUUGGAAUAAAUGCUGGAAAACAAUGUGUUGCCAUGUCAAUUUAUGCUAUUGUAUACAAUGAAAUAAAAUCUGUUAAUAUUUGGGAUACACCACUUAUGAACAUGCUUCUAAUUAAUGCAAACAAUCUUUACGCCAUAAUUAGUCAGCACAUUCAAAAAGAUUUCUUGUUGCUCACUGAUGUUCCUGAAAUAUUGUCUAUCAACAAUGAUACUUUUAAUUUGGAGUACAGCGACUCUUUUUCUGGAGCUUUAUGGAUGGAUCAAGGCAACGAACCAUAUGUCACACUUGAACAUGCUUUUCAUGAAGUAUUUGAUGCUGGUAAUUAUAAAGCAUGUUUACUUACUAUUCAAGCAAACACUGUUGCAGUUUUAAUGCCUUUCCCAGAUGUAUUUAAAGUUUUUGAUUCUCAUUCACGAGAUAUGCAUGGAAUGCCAGCGGCAAUGGGUUAGUGUUUUAGUUUCUGUUGAAGGAAUUCAAAACCUUGUGAGUUUUUUUCAUCACAGUUGUAACUGUCAUGGACAAGAUACUCCCUUUGAAUUGAAGGGUGUUAAAUGUCAUAGAAACAUUUCAUUGUCAAAUACUUUGAAUAACACAGUGAAUGAACAGAUAAAUACAACAUCAAAUAACCAUGAGAAAUGCAGUCAGAAAAGACAAAGUGAGACAAUUACAAUCCGAAAAAGCAAUCAACGAACAAAACAACAAGAAAAAGAAAAUAGACUUGCAAAGCAAAGAGAGAAAAGACAACAAGAGUCUGUUGCAGAGAGAGAAAAUAGACUUGCAAAGCGAAGAGAGAAAAGACAAGAGUCUGUUGCAGAGAGGGAAACUAGACUUCAACACCAGCGAGAAACAAAAAGGUUGAAAAGGCAAAAUGAGACUGUCGAACAAAGAAAACAAAGAUUGGCAAAAGCACGACUUAAUUAUAAAGCAAAUAAAAGAAGAUGUUCUGGAAAAAACAAAUCAUGUCCACCAUCAGGUUCUCAAGAGCAUCACAGUAAUGAUAACAGUGUAUCACAUAAUAGUGUAUCACAAUUGAUACAUAAAUUCCAUAAAUCUGUAUCAACAGGUCCUCUGUAUAUUUGUUUGUGCUGUGAUCAAUUAUGGUAUAAACAUAGUGUUUGUCCAGCCGAGAGACUUCGAUUGUCCAAUCCAAAUUCUACUAAACAUCUACAAGGUAUUAAAAGUGUGAAUGAUAUUGAAUGGCUGUGUUUGACAUGUGACAAACAUCUUAAAAAGAAUAAAGUGCCACCAUCUGCAAUUUCAAAUGGCUUGAAGUUUCCAGAAAAACCUCAUUUCUUUGAUUUAAAUGAACUGGAAUGCAGACUUAUAGCUCCAAGAUUGGCAUUCCAAAAAAUAAUGCAAGCUCCCAGGGGAGGGCAACUUAAAAUUACUGGUAAUGUUGUGAAUGUUCCAGCAGAUAUAUGUAAUACUGUUAACAUGCUACCCAGGUUACCACAAGAUACUGGGACUAUUAAAGUUCAAUUGAAACGUCGACUGCAAUAUAAGAGUUCUGCCUUGUCUUUGAAUGUCAGACCUAAUAAAGUGAUGCAAGCUGCAGCUUGGUUGGUAAAUACUAGUGAACUAUAUCAAGAACAAGGAAUAACAUUUGAUCAGCAUUGGUUAUCAUACUUUGAUGUUACAAUACCUAAUAGUGACAAUGAAAAUACUACAGUUGAUCAAACUAAUUCAACAUCAGAAGAUGAAUGGAGUGAAGACGAAGCAGAAAUUCCUGCAGGUGUAACAGACAGUAUGCUUACACCUACUGAUUUUGUAGAUGAUACUGAAAGACAACAUAUAUACAAUGUUGCACCUGGUGAAGGUAGUAGACCACUUAGUAUAUUUAGAGAUCAGUAUUCAGAGGAACUAGCUUAUCCAGGAAUAUUCCUAGGUCAAAGGCGACCAGAUGAGAAGCAAAGAUUGACUCGUGUUUACUACAGUGAAAUAUGCAAAUCUGAACUAAGACGGUCUGAUAGAAGAGCCGCAAUGUGUAUUGAGAACAUAUUUUUUAAAACUAAAAAAAUGCAGAUGAAAUUAUUGCUAGGGCAAUCUCAACUUGCUAUUCGCAAGUGUAAAAUGGGAAACAGAACACUUACUACUGGUGAGUUAAAAACACCGGAAGGUUUAACAAAUCUCAUUUGCCAUGAUGAAGGAUACAAAUUUUUAAGAGCUUUGAGAGGUUCCCCACCUUACUUUGAAAAAGCCAAAAAAGAUUUGUUUGCUAUGAUUCGGCAGUUAGGACCCGCAUCAUUAUUUUGUAGUUUUUCAUCUGCUGAAACAAAAUGGAAUCAUUUACUAAGAAUCCUUGGUAAGCUUGUUGAUCACAAAGAUUAUAGUGAUGAAGAAUUGGAUCAUUUAAACUGGGAUGAAAAGUGUAGACUAAUUCAAAGUGACCCAGUAACUUGUGCAAGGCAUUUUGAUUACCAAUUUAAUGCUUUCUUAAAAGAUUUUUUAAUGAGUGAAAUUGCCCCAUUAGGGAAAUUAAAAGAUUGGUUUUACAGGGUUGAAUACCAACAGAGAGGUUCGCCUCACAUCCAUAUGCUCAUAUGGCUUGAAAAUGCUCCUGUAUUUGGUGUUGAUAAAGAUGAAGAUGUAGUUAAUUUCAUUGACCAAAUAAUAACUUGUAGAAAGCCUGAUAAUGACACUGAAUUAUUUGAUCUUGUAAACAGACAAACUCAUAGACAUUCUCACACAUGCCGAAAAAACUCAAAAAAAGUUUGUAGAUUUAAUUACCCUCAGCCACCCAUGAGAUCAACACAGAUACUUCAUCCACUUGAUGACAAUGCUUCUGAAACUGUCAUAAGAACGAGAAAAGAGUUGUGGAAAAAUAUUAAGAAUAAACUAAAUGAUUUAAAAGUCCCAAUGAAUUAA